AUGCGAGAUCCAGUAGUCGCGCCGGCUGCCAAUCGAACGCUGACUUGCCAGUUCAAUCUCACUGACAAGAACGUGACGGAUUUGGGAUUGCACAAGCAGGACCUCUCGAAAUAUCGAGUGGUGGACCUGUCGCAGAACAAGUUCACUCAUGAGGCACUGCACUACAUCUUGCCAUGCUGCGCGAGAAUCCCAGGAUUGGAGAUCUUAAAGCUGCACAAGAAUCGAAUCGGAGAUCUUGGAGCUGAACAGCUCGCCGACUUCUGCAAAAAAAGUACAACACUCAGAGAGCUGCACCUGUCUCACAACUGCUUCACCGCGCACGGGGCCGUGAUCAUCGUGCAUGCUGCUGAGCGCUCCAGGAGCUUGUGUAGAAGCCCGCUAUGGCUUCGCCUGGAAAGGAAUGCUGUGGAGCAUCCAGCAGAGGUGGCGGAUGCACUGCAGCAGACACUCAGCGUUUGCUUUCGUGUGGACAGGACGGCCUGCAACAGCGCGCGCUGCUGCAAGAACUGCAAAGUGCAUUUGCCGUACUUCCUCCGGCAGAACACAUUACAGACAGAUUCAGGUGGUGGGAGUGCAGCUCUCUGUGAAGUCGACGACUCGAUGUGCGCAGCAGGUUCUCCAAGCAAAAAACCUGUGCAACAUCUGGAGGAUAGGAUAUGUGCUGCCGGACCGUCGGACGCACAUGCCAUCGAGAACCUUGAAUGUCUCCCAGAGCCGAAGCUGAAGCUGCAGUCCCUGGGAGCCAGCCGCAUGCUCAAGCGGCGGCUCUCGAAUCGCCACGUUCCAGGACUUCAGCAAGAAUCAAGUACCGACAAACUUGCGAAUUGGUGCCAGACAGCUUGGGAUGCAGGCAAUCCCUGCAAGCGCAGCAACACAAAGACGAAUGACGAGCAGGCUUGCCCAAAGAUGCCCUCCAAGCCACUUUUUGCGUCGACGGCGACAGGUGAUCCUUUGAAGUCUCUCGCCCUCGGCGCCGAGACAGCCGUGGAACUGCCACCUUUCCCACCACUGCCACUCAUGCCGAAGCCGCAGCAGACGCCGGAUUCCGCGAUGCCAGGCCGGUGCAUGCUGAAGCCGAGGAGGGGCGAUCAGGCCCAAGGCGGGGCGGAAGGCCUCCAGGAGUCCGUGGUGAUGGCAAAGGUUGAUGAGCUCUCAGCGUGGCAUGAAGAGCUGAAGGCUCGAGAGAAAUACUUGCACCUCUGUGAAGACACGGUCCGGGAGCUUCUGCUGUCGGAGGUGCAACCAAACGCACUGGAUGUUGACGACAGGGAGAAAUCCGCCAUGCGUCAACUCGAAGCCUGGGCCAACGGCCAGGAUGGCCCCAUGGCCUCAGUCCGGUGA